ACCAGUGAAUAUAAAUGUCACCUUCAGAUGUGAUAAGAGCAGAACAUUCAUGGGCAGAAGCAGGACUGAGGUAUUCAUCACAAUGAAGUCAUCUCUUGCCCUGCUGCUAGUCCUUGGUGUGGCCAUCUGCAACUCUUCUGUGCUCAGACAGCCACAGUGUCCCCCUCAGGAGGAAUUCUGUGACGAAUGCCCUAAGACAACUGGAGAAGAUGAGGAAGCAGAGAAACUUGAGAAGGAAUGCCCAACAAAUGAGGUGAUAGAGAAAUCAUCGCGUAGUCUCACCAACCUCAUGCUUAAAGGCAUGCUAGACCCUGAAUCCAAGGAGAUUUGUGCAAACCUAACUGUAAAGAAGUGUACCAAGCCAGGCACAGAGGAUUGGGACCAGGUUGGGGAUACCUGCAUUCACUUCUUUAACAUCCACACCACGUUUCACUGUGCAGAGCAUUACUGUAGACGCCGCAGUGGCCAUCUAUUGUCCAUUCACAACAGUGGAACCAACUGCUAUCUUAAUCGUGCUGUGCGCUGUGCCAACUUGCAUAUUGCAUUUUCUUGGAUUGGACUAAGAAGAUGGGGAUGUGGAUACAGAUGGACAGAUGGCUCCUGCCUUAACUAUCAGAACUGGUACAAUGGAAGACCAUAUCCUUGCCGUGGCCAUUGUGUUGCUAUGUACCACACUGCUGGAGGAAAAUGGCUGAAUGUCCACUGCGGUUCAAGAAUACCCUUUGCUUGCAGUCGCUAAAAGCUUAGAAGGAACACAGAAUUAUUACUUUCAUUAACUUGUUUUGCUUCCUAAUACAAUUUCAUUGUCUGCAUCCCUUUCUCCACCAGCCUUUAUGUCAUUAUGGGGUCCUUUUGCUAAAUAUCAGUCUUACCAAAUAAUACUUAAUACUCCAGUGUUUGAGGCAAUGGAAAUAACACAGUUUAACCCUUCUACCAUUUUAUGAAAAUGAAUGCUACCUUUUAUCAACUGGGCAAACACAAAAUCAUAAAUACAAAAGAGUAAGCACAACAUACACACAUAAGUGUUUAAUGCCAAUUCACUGAUUAUUAACUUAAAAACCACUCUGCAAAGAACAGAACAAGGCAAACCAAAUAUUUGUCAGAUCAGUUUAGCUCUUUUGUUUUUCAAUGGCCAGAACUUCAUCAGAACUGAACCAUAACUGGAUCCAUUUUCAACUUUAUUAAUCCUUUGCUGAUACCCUAGCUCUUCAACCUGGCCCUUACUUUCUUGGUGAUAAAUUGUACUUUUUGUUUCUGCUGCAUGUUUACCUGUAAGUUUUGACUGUCAAUAAAACUUUAAGCAUGUA